GAGCAUAGGUGAAAGGUGAGCGAAGCUGUGGUAGCUCUCGGGAAGGGUAGUUCUUUGCGGCUGAGGAAGUUGCGGAGCCGCCAGUGACGGACGCCGCAAAGCCAGAAACGCGUCGCCGCGAUGCCGAAAUACUACGAAGGGAAAGAGGAGGACAGGCGGGCGUGCUCCGGGGUACGCGAGGAUCUGAAGUCCUGCCUGCUGGAGUGCCCCUGCGUCAUCAAGGAAGGGAAGAGCGCCAAACAAUGCUUGAAGGAAGGACAUUGCAGAGGUUUGCUAAUUUCCAUGUUUGAAUGCAGGAGAUCGUUGUUGGAUAACAGAACAAGAUUCAGAGGAAUAAAAGGAUACUGAAGCUGCCUUUUAAGAUGCAAUCUUGGGGAUAUUUUUGGCAGAUUGAAGAACCACAGUUUUCUGGGUUUCCUUCAAAGCUAUUCCUGGAUGUGAUAUCAUGAAAUGAUUGGCACUGUGCAUACCAGAGGUACUGAAUUGAAAAUCAAGCCUGGCAGUUUUGUGGCUAUCAUAUUGUAAAUAAAAUCUUUAACCUUCUGUUUAACCUUUGGCAUUAUUUUUCUAGGAACUGAAAUAAUGCAUAGGUUGAUUCAUUCUAUAAUAAUGUUUCAAUAUGUAAUAUUAUUGUAUUUACAUUUUAUAGCUUUUUAGCAAGUGUUCUGCAAAAAUGCCAAAUUAAGUAGACACCUUAUUCUCAUACGAAAGUAUUGCUGUAGUUCUGGAAAAGAUAUAUAAGCGUGGAGUCAUGUAAUAUAAUGUAAGCUGGUAUCCACUGAAGUAGAUAAAUGUGUUUACUGCAAACAUUCAUGAAUAUCCAGAUCCAACAAUUGAGGUAGAACUCAUUUUCUGCAAACACUGCAAUUUCAGAAAACUAGGAUAUGCUCUCGCACAACUUUGGACCCUCUGGAAGUCAUGUGAGAGAGCCAUGCUCUUAUGUGGCCUCCAGACUCUCAAAAAUGAGUUUGUUUUAUUUGCAUUUCAUUUUUAUAAUCAUUUGAUGUUUCUUUAUAUAAUACAUAGCAUCACACAUGAU